AUGGCGUUCCAACAACCGACCCGACAUGUUUCCCAGCGUGUCAUCCGGGUUGACCCGACCUCUUCCGAGUCUGAAGCUCGUGUAGCCGCCCCGCCACCACUUGCGCAGCCUCACGAGUCGCAGACCUGGGUCCUGUUCUCCCCUGCCACCGAUGCCGGAACCUCAACCUCGUACCUCUCCUCCGUCCAAGAUGACCAGCCCACACCUGGACGGUCAAGGAUAAGCGACCUUGGGAGCCUUCAGACGAUCGCGUACUCGGAUCACCUCUACUCCGAGCCUGCGAACUCUGACAUCAUCGAGGAGGCAGAGGAGGAUGCUGCUGCCGCCGCCGCCGCCGAGGACGAUGCAGAGCUCGACAGCCUCGACAGCCACUUGCCCGAGUUCAGGCAGCAGGGCGGGCCCAUGCAGUCGAUGCAGAUAUUACCAAGUCACGAUGGGCUCGGGAGCUUCAGACUAGACACGCAGGGCUUGUCCGCCGACAUGCAGGAGCAGAUGUACCAAUUCGAGCGCUACAACCCUCGCAGAGUCAAGAGGAGACGAGAGAGCCUGGAGCUGGGACAACUGGCGCUAGAAUACGAAGAAGCACAGGAUGCCGCGCGCAGGCAUCGCAUUGAGGAAUGGCGUCUUGAGCAAAGCAAGAUUCUGCUGCAGGAGAUACAGAAGGAGACGAGGCGAAGGCGAGAGUCGACCGUGUCGGCCCUGACGAGCAAAGUGAGGAGAGGAAGCAGCAGCCAGGUGUUCACAGACCCCGAUGCAGAGGAAGCAACUAUGGGUUCCGCCAGUGUGCCCACGCCAGACGCCUCACUCGCAGGGACCGAGUGGCACGACCAGGACGCGUCCGAGCUUGAGCUGGGCGCGGGCGAGAGCAAUGAGACCGGUAUGUGGUCGCGCAUCACAAGAAAGGUCAUCCGCGACUUGAUGGGGAUCGAUGACAAGCUUCUUUGCGUGCUCUUUGGCGAGGCGUUGCCGGACGAGCUUGGUCUGGAUGCCGAUGACCUCUCGUCUACGCCCAAGGCCUCCGCCCCAGUCUCUGCACUUGGUGGCGCCGAGCCAGACAGUCCUUGGCAGCUGCGCGUCCUCGAUCGCAUCGCUCGUGAGCUCGGCAGUCUGGUCAAUCAGCUGUCCUCACACCCUCACCCUGGCGCUUUCUCGACGUACGCGCGCAUACAACAGCAGCCGCUACCGUAUGCAGGACUGCCAGCAAUCCCGGAGGAUACCGUUGAUAUAAUGGACCGUGCCGCGUCAAUCUCAAAUGCUGGUGCCAGCAUGUUACCUGCGGUGCCACAGCUCCAACCCACCCUGCAGACCAUCCCCCCUCACACAAGACCGGUCGAUAUUCCCGGGGCGAGAAAUAAUGCAGACAGCCCGGCUGCAGGUUCUGGACUCGAAUCUUCACACAUACCCGGCGGUACUUUUACCCAGCAAGAGUGGGAACAGGACCUCGAUAUCAGACUCGUCUUUCGCUACCUCCGCAGCCGCUUCACUUCCCGCGCAGCCUCGACUACCCCUUCCCAGUCUUACGCCCCCGUCUCCCCUGACAUCGCCGCCGCCCGCGCCGCCGCCCGCGUUCGCCAACACCACCCGCUACUCCACCAGCGGCGCAAGUCGUUCAAGGUCAGCGGCGGGCCGAGCGUGCCUAGCCAGGUAGUGCACGGCAGCUGCGCAAGCCAAAGCACGCGGCGGUCGGGCAGGCGGGGAAGUCUGAGCGUCUCCAGCUCGAGACACUCGAGCCGGCACUAUUGGGAUAUCGGUGCUAAUGGUGGCCCAGGGAGCAUCGGCACUGGUAGCCUCAUCGCCAGCACUGGGCCCAUGGGAAGCUGGGGGGAGGUGUAGGGCCAUUUCUUUUCUCCUUUGGGCGAGUCAUCAAGGCACACGUAUCAUCGUGGUGAACACAUGUUGGGAGGUGACGUUUGGAGAUGUAUUUUUGCUUUCUUUUUCCUCCACUGCAUAAAGAUGAUAUGAGACACAUACAGUAAACAUCUUCACUUUUAUUGUUUAUCCGGCGUUCUGAGGGCGGGAAUUAGGCUGGUCGGUUCAAGAAAUUUUUGCACGACGAUAUCAUAUACAUAUAGCAUUCAGCAUCAUCUCAGGAUCCAGACAAUCUCAAGCAUUAUGGGACUC